AUGGCUACCCGCUCCAGGACAGCCUCUCGAGCCCAAUCCCCUUUUGAUCAGGGAUACAUGGAACCCACACUUCUGUCAGCCACCCCUGUCGAGUAUGGCAAGGUAUCCCUCAAACAAGUCACACGGCUCCUCCUUGGCCUCCUUGGCCAAGUUGAAUGCCUUGAGCAAGAAAUCGCCAAAAUCAAGGAAGCCGGAAUUGAGACCCAGAUGAAUGUUGAAAAUAUUUCCCAAACCGUCAAUGUUGUCAAGGAUGGGCUUAGGUCCCUCCAGUCCCAUGGCCCUUGCACACCCAAAGGACCCCAAGCCAAAGUUGUGGAAGAGACGCCAUGCCCCUUACCAAAAACCAAGCCUGUUGGAUUGCCUGGCCCAGCCAACCCCAAGAAGAGCCGCUCCCCCGCAAGUCCCAUCUCCCCCUCCAUCUCCGCGUCUCCGAUCCCCAAUCGGAACAACUGCCCUCCACCUCCGGCUACAGUCGCCACCUAUCCUGCUCUGGUCAAGGUUGACCACCCCAAUGCCUACACAGGCAAAAUAGGGAGCGAGGCCAAGCAAUGGCUGACUUGGAUGUUAGCCUGGACCCGCCUUAAUUCGCGGAUGUUCCCUACCAAUCAAGAGGUCCUUUCCUUCCUCUUGAUGAACAUGAAGGACUCUGCUGGAGCGUGGGCCCACCCACACCUUGACCAGCUUGGAUCACACCGAGCUAUCAUCCAAACCGUCGAGGGCUUCAAAUUGGAAUUCCUGGCAGCAUUUGGCAACCCUGACGCCACAAGGGCCGCCAAGCGGAAAAUCACCACCCUAACUCAGUCUGGCACAUGCGCAGACUACAUUACAAACCGUCAAAUUGCAACCCGCGAACGCCGCCCCCAUACCCUCCUUGAGCUGCAAAAUGCAGCACUUGUCAUUGACAACACUCUCCGCAAAGAGCGUGCUAGCCACCCACCAAGGGAUAAUAAGUCUAGCAAACCAUCUAACCCCGCAAGGGGGACAAGUACCGGUCAAGCCACAUCUGGUUCAAAGAGACUCUCCAACGACCCCAACUUUGUGUUGGAAGAAGAACAAAAUCGCCGCCGCGCCGCUGGCGCCUGCAUCAAGUGCGGCAAGAUGGGCCACAAGUUUGCGGAAUGCCGCACGGGCUGGAAAGCCACCCCUAUUGAGGAAAAGGGGAAGGCUAAGGAAACCACCAAGAUUGGCAAAAACUCUGAGUACCAAUUGGGAAAAGAAAACGCCCCCCUCUUCACAAUUUCAAUUCAGCCAGAAAGAAAAGCGGAACAACUAGAAGUCCUGAUUGACUCAGGCGCCACAUCUUCCUUCAUGAACCCACGUACCGCGGAAUCACUCCGCCUCCCACUCAUUGACCUUCCCACUCCAUGUACCGUUACCAUGCUUGAUGGGUCGAGCCCCCAGGCAGGCAAAAUCUGGAAAAAAGCCAACUUAACCUUCUCCUUUGAUGGCAAAUCAAUGACCAAAACCUUCCUCAUUUGCAAUACAGGGUCCCAUGCUGCCAUUCUAGGAUUAAAAUGGUUGGACGCACAUAACCCAGAAAUUGAUUGGAACGCGCGGACCCUCUCCUUUCCCCAUACACCACCCAAACACGUGGCUAUUGCCAAAGAAGAGGAAGCUGACAAAAACCCUCUUGAAGGAAUACCCCCCAAGUACCACCAGUACGCCAAAGUAUUCGGGGAGGAAGAAUUCAAUAAGCUUCCCCCACACCGGCAUUACAACAUUGGGAUUGAACUCACAGAGGAAGGACCCCUCAACUUGCCCCUUUACAGCAUGACCAACGCCAAGUCCGCCACACUCAAGGACUGGCUUAAGGACAAGCUAAAGGCUGGGAAGAUCCGUCCCAGUAAAUCCUUGAUCAGCUCCCCCGUCAUGUUUGUCCCCAAAAAGGAUGGUUCCCGUCGUUUGGUCGUUGACUACCGUUGUCUCAACAACCAGACUAAGAAGAAUGUCUACCCAUUACCCUGUCCUGAUGACCUAAUGGCCCAGCUCCGCAGUGCCAAGGUCUUCACUAAACUAGACUUACGAUGGGGUUACAACAACGUCCAAGUUAAGGAAGGAGACAAAUGGAAAACCGCCUUCCGCACCAAGUACAGCCUUUACGAGUCCCUGGUAAUGACAUUUGGCCUAACCAACGCCCCUGCAGCCUUCCAACACUUCAUGAACAAACUGUUUAAAGACUUGCUGGAUGUAUGCAUCAUCAUCUACCUUGAUGACAUCCUGAUUUAUUCCAAGGAUGACGCAUCACACACCCAACAUGUUCAUGAAGUCUUAUGCCGCCUCAUGGAAAACCAAUUGUUUUGUAAAGCGUCUAAGUGUACAUUCCACGUUGCCUCAGUGGAGUACCUAGGAAUAAUUGUAUCAGAUAAGGGAUUCAGCCUGGAUAAGCUCAAAAUCCAGGCAAUCCAGGAAUGGCCUACACCCACUAAGGUCAAAGAAGUACAAUCGUUCCUAGGGUUUGCCAACUUCCUACGCCGCUUUGUCGCCAAUUUUAGCCACAUGGCCAGGCCGUUACACAACCUGGUCAAAAAGGAUACACCAUGGAAGUGGGAUACUAGGGAGCAAGAAGCUUUCCAAGGGUUAAAGGACGCCAUUACCAACGCACCAGUACUUUGUCACGCAGACCCAUUAAAACCCUACUUCCUGGAAACAGAUGCCUCAGGAGCAGCACUAGGGUCCAUACUCAGCCAACAACAGGAAGACGGUCGUCUCCAUCCGCUAGGCUUCCUAUCCAAGUCAUUCAAGGGGGCCAAGCAGAACUAUGACACCCAUGACAAAGAACUCUUAGCUAUCAUCUGCUCCUUCAAAUACUGGCGCAUUUUCUUGGAAGGAACCACCCACCCUGUCACUGUAUUCACGGACCACCGCAACCUGGAGUACUGGAAGGAGUCCCAAACAUUCAACCGUUGCCACGCUCAAUGGCACCUACUAUUAGCAGGGUAUAACUUCCAAAUUGUUUACCGCCCAGGAAAGCAGUCCGGAAAACCUGAUGCCCUUUCACAACGAGCCGAUCAUGCCAACAUUCCACCCGCCGCCCAGACCAUGCUCCCUGACCCUGUAUUUGCCAACGUGGCCCUGGUAACUCCUGAGAAGGAACUCCAACGUCAGAUUGAGGCUGCCUUGGACCAAGACAAAUCCCUGGAGGAAAUACUACAAUUCCUCCAAAAUGAGUCAAAGGCUCCCGCAUCAAUAAAACGUGCCUUUAGGGAUUACAAAAUAGAAGCAGGCUUGCUAUUUUACCAAGGAAGGAUUGUAGUACCGGACGUUGGGACAUUGAGAACGGAUCUACUUUGUAUAUUCCACGACAGCCCCCUAGCUGGCCACCCAGGCAGGCAACGGACCCUAGAACUGGUAUCCAGGAACUACUACUGGCCUGGCAUCCAAGCUGACACAUACUGGCAUGUUGAUUCUUGCAAAACAUGCCAACAAAUCAGGAAACCCAGGUACGGGUCUAUCCCUCCUCAGCCUCUAGAACUCCCAUCACGCCUGUGGCAACAUGUGUCAUACGACAUGAUAGUGGACCUGCCCAAAGACGGAAAUAGUGACUCUAUCCUGGUCAUUGUGGAUAGUUUUACCAAGUACGUGAUCCUGGUGGAGUGUUCUAAGAAGCUUAAAGCUCCGGAGCUGGCAGACCUAUUCCUGCGCCAUGUAUGGAAACGCUACGGCAUGCCUGAAAAGACAGUAUCAGACCGCGGACGGGUUUUCAACAACAAAUUCCUGAAGGCCCUGUACCAACGCCUGGGAAUAGAUCCACACUUCUUGUCGGCCUACCAUCCUCAAAGUGACGGGCAGACAGAGCGUGUAAAUCCCACGGUCAAACACUUCUUACGGGCUUACUCAGGGGUAAACCAGAAAGACUGGGUCAAGUGGCUACCAAUGGAGGAAUCUGCCUACAACAACGCAGUACAUAGCUCAACAGGCAAAUCUCCUUUUAAAGCACUAUACAGUUGGGAACCUUCCUUAACUCCAAGUAACGUUCCAACAGACGUCCCUGAGGCAGACAAUCUAGCAACUCAGAUGGAAUUACAAUGGCGGGAAAUAGAAGCAGCACUCCGGCAAUCAAAGACACGCAUGGUGGCCAGGGAAGCAGGAGAACCACUCAAGUUUGAAAUUGGGGAAGAAGCCUGGCUAGACGCCAAAAACGUGAAGCUAAAGACCCUGAGUCCAAAGCUAACUGAACAACGCCUAGGCCCCUUCAAAAUAACCAAAAGAAUCUCCAACAGAGCAUACCGCCUAGAACUCCUGCCAACAAUGAGAAUCCACAACGUUUUCUACGUGGGCCUUCUGUCAAAAGUCAAAAGGGACAAAAAGCGCAGCUUUGAGAACCGCCCUCCACCUGUCACCGUGGACAGGGAAGAGGAAUACAAGGUGGAAGGAAUCACUGAUGCUGAGGAACAAAACGGAAAAUGGUUCUUCCAAGUCAAAUGGAAGGGUUAUGGGUCUGAAGAAAACACAUGGGAGCCACAAGAAAACCUAAAAAACGCCGAAAAAUUUUUAGAAAAAUACGAAAAAGAAAUGAAAAAGAAGGCCCUUGGCGCUGCCAAGGCCCUUAGAGGGGGGCAGUGUCGACGUCUAGGACACUUGGCAAUCAUCCGUUCAUUCAAGUACUGGCGGAUCUUCUUGGAAGGAACCCUUCACCCCAUCACUGUAUUCACCAAUCACCAAAACUUGGAAUACUGGAAGGAGUCCCAGACAUUCAACUGCCGCCAUGCUAGAUGGCACCUACUGCUAGCCGGCUACAACUUCCAGAUUGUGUACAGGCCCGGAAAACAAUUGGGGAAGCCAGAUGCUUUAUCACAACAAUUGGAUCAUGCGGAUAUUCCACCCAAACCCCAGUCCAUGCUACCAAACCAGGUAUUUGCCAAUAUUGCCUUGGUUACUCCGGAAAAAGAACUACAACAGCAGAUUGAGUCAUCCCUGGAUCAAGACAAGUCCCUGGAGGAAAUUCUCCAAUUCCUGCAGAAUGAGUCCAAAGCACCCCCCUCCAUCAAACGUGCAUUUAAGGAUUAUGAGAUGGAGGCUGGCCUACUCUUCUACCAAGGACAAAUUGUAGUCCCUGACGUGGGGACACUAAGAACAGAUCUACUGCAUAUCUUCCAUGACAGCCCCUUGGCAGGACACCCGGGUAGGCAACGCACGCUAGAGUUGGUAUCAAGAAGCUACUACUGGCCGGGCAUCCGUGCUGAUACGUACUGGCAUGUGGAUUCCUGUGAGGUAUGCCAACGGAUUAGAAAGCCAAGAUACACAUCAAUUCCCCCUCAGCUGCUGGAACUCCCAGUUAGACCCUGGCAGCACGUGUCUUACAACAUGAUAGUGGACCUACCUAAGGACGGAAACACAGACUUGAUCCUGGUAAUCAUUGACAGUUUCACUAAGUACGGGAUCUUUGUAAAAUGCUCCAAGAAGCUCAAGGCACCCGAGCUAGCGGAGCUAUUCCUGGAAAACGUAUGGAAGCGCCAUGGCAUGCCAGAAAAAACCAUAUCCAACAGAGGCAGGGUCUUCAACAACAAGUUCUUACGUGCCCUGUACAAACGCCUUGGCAUUGAUCCCCAUUUCUCCUCUGCCUAUCACCCCCAGAGCAACGGACAAAUGGAACGCGUCAAUCCCUCAAUUGAACACUUCCUCAGGGCUUACUCAGGGGUAAACCAAAGGGACUGGACCAGAUGGCUUCCCAUGGCAGAGUUUGCAUACAACAAUGCCAUACAUAGCAGCACGGGCAAAACACCCUUCAAAGCCCUGUACGGAUGGGAACCCACAUUAACCCCGUCAAAUAUGCCAAUGGACGUUCCAGAGGCAGAUGACCUUGCCCAGACAAUGGAGGCACAAUGGAAGGAAGUGGAAGCAGCACUCCGGCAAUCUAAGCAACAAAUGAUAGCUGGAGAAAGUGGGAACCCAACAGAAUUUGAGAUUGGAGAAGAGGUUUGGCUGGACGCCAAGAAUGUUAACCUCAAAACCCUGAGUCCCAAACUAACGGAACAACAACUAGGGCCAUUCAGGGUUACUGAAAAGAUCUCUGACCAAGCUUACCGCCUGGAACUUCCCCCAACAAUGCAGAUCCACAACGUCUUCUAUGUAGGACUUUUAUCUAAAGUUAAAAGGGACAAGAAGCGCGCCUUUGAGAAUUGCCCCCCACCAGUCACCGUAGACAGAGAAGAAGAGUACAAGGUGGAAGGGAUUACCAAUGCCAAAGAAAGGGAUGGGAAAUGGUUUUUCCAAGUCAAGUGGAAGGGAUACGGGUCCAAGGAAAACACAUGGGAACCCCAAGAAAACUUAAAAAACACCAAAAAUUUUUUAGAAAAGUACGAAAAAGACAUGAGAAAAAAGGCCCUUGGCGCUGCCAAGGCCCUUAAGAGGGGGGCAGUGUUGUAG